GGGAUCCGUCGAUCCAUGAAACGCGGGAUCUCAAAGAAUAUAGCUAGGAAGCUCGCCACCGAAACGAUAUAAAUCACUAGUCCAAGACAUUGAUAACACGUUCCCAUCCACUCCCAUCACCAUUUCUUUUCAUCACCAAUCCAUCCGAUAGAAAGAGAGAUCAUCCAUUUGACUAGCUCUUGGGAGCUUUCCAUCGAGGAAUCGAGAAAAAUGCCGUCGUUAACGAUCCACAGGCCAGCAUUUCUAGCAGUUUUCCUCUCGAUCAUCGCGAUUUCCUUGCAAUUGGCAGCACCCUCCUCGAUCUAUCACGAGUUGGAGGCGAACCAAUCCUGCCGAUGCACGGCAUUCAAUAGCAGCUGCUGGCCCAGCGCCCAAUCCUGGCAGGAUUUCAAUCGAUCCAUCGAUGGCCGCCUCAUCGCGCUCUCCCCUCCAGCCUCCCCCUGCCACGAUCCCAACUUCAACGCGCAGGCCUGCAGGACCGCGCAGCAGCGAUGGGGCUUUCCAUUCUGGCGCGCCGAUCAGCCCGGCGCGAUGCAAGCCAGCAACUGGGAAGCCCUCGGCCGAUUCACCUGCUUGAUCAAUUCGCCCAGGAACUCCACUUGCUUCCAGGGCUCUGUCGCCACCUACGCGGUGAAUGCCACGGAAUCCCGCCACAUCCAGGCCGCGAUCGCGCUCGCCCAGGCCAGGAAUCUCCGGAUCGUGAUCAAGAACACCGGCCACGACUACCUGGGGCGAUCCACCGCGCCGGGAGCUCUCAUGAUCUGGACGCACAACUUGCGAGAGAUCGUCUACCACGAGAAAUUCGCGCCGAUGGGCUGCACCAUCCGGGCCGAGGAUCCUCCGGCGAUGACCAUCGGGGCGGGGAUCCAGUGGGAGGAUCUCUACGCGGCGGCGUUCAAUCGAAACCAUGUCGUGGUGGGCGGCGGAUCUUCCUCGGUGGGCGGCGCUGGCGGGAAUCCCAUGGGCGCCGGGCAUGGCCCUCUCUCGCCGCUCCACGGUCUAGCCGCGGACAAUGUUCUUGAGCUCAAGCUCGUCACUGCCGAUGGGCGAUUGAUCGUCGCGAAUCGCUGCCAGAACCGCGAUCUCUACUGGGCUCUGCGCGGCGGCGGGGGUGGAACGUUUGGAGUCGUGGUCUCUCUCACCCAUCGCCUCUAUCCACCUCUCACGAACAUCGUGUAUGCGAGCUAUAGCUUCAUGGCAUCGUCCAGGAGAGCGUUCCGGGAUCUCCUGGUGAAAUUCACGGAGCUCCAUCCAUCGCUGGAGAGGGCCGGGUGGUCGGGCGUGUUCGCCAUGAGCAAUGUCACGGCUCUCAGCAUGACCUAUCUCCUGCCCAACAGGAAUGUCUCCUUCGCCAACGCCACGCUCGCGCCGCUGGAGAGAUUCGCGCAGUCCAGUGGAUCAUCGAUCCAGCUGAACGCGAGCUUGCAGAAUUUCCCCUCGUUCCAGCAGUGGCACCUCGUGAUCCAGUGCGGCGGCGCGCCGGAUUGCCGCGAGCUCAACUCCUCCACCACGCAAUCGCUCGCCACCGCUGGAAUCCCUCUCUUGCUCGCCUCGCGGCUCAUCCCAAGAGCCACGAUCCAGUCCUCGCCAAACGCCACCGCCGACGCUUUCAUCGCGAUCCAGGACAGAUUCCCGCUGGUGUCCAUCACCGGGAUCUUCGUCGCGGGUGGAUCCGUGAGCCGCCCGAGGAACAACGCUGUGAAUCCAGCUUGGAGGAGAGCGCUGUGGCAUGUGAUCCUCGGGAUCAGCUGGAUGGAACUGGGCGAUCUGGAAGAGGAGCGCAUCGCGGCCAGGAAUGUCAGUGCCGCGAAUCAAUUCCUAGUGGAUCUUACUCCAGGAUCGGGGGCGUAUGGGAACGAGGGGGAUUUUAACGAGCCGCGGUGGCAGAGGACGUUCUUUGGGGCGAGCUAUCCGCGAUUGCUAGCGAUCAAGCGGAGGGCUGAUCCGGCGGGGAUGUUUAGAUGCCGGCACUGUGUGGGAAGUGAGAUUUGGAGCGAGGAUCUCAAUUGCCCUGCUGGGAUUGCCCAAGAGGAUCAACCGCUUGUUUCGAGUUUCUAGCUCACCAAGCAGCUAAACAGGCUUUUGGGGUUGUUUCGAGUCACUUCGGAAUAAGAAUUACAGCAGCAGAAAAUCUAAGCUUUUCACUUCUUUGAUGCUAUGGCUGGAAUAGCGUCAUUGUUGAAAUAGCCCGAACCUAAAUCUUAAAAACAUGUGAAUAAAGUGCGUGUCUGCUAAG